AUGAAUAGAGUUCUGGAUGAUUUUAUGGAGAAAAAUCUGCAACCAGAGCCAGAAAUCGAAGAUGAGGAAAUCGAAGUUUAUAAAGAAGUCGCGAAUCUGGCUGACGAUCUGAGACUUACCGUUCUGGAGCUUGAGAAGGAAGGAAAAAUCGACAGAAGCACACUUUUGGAAUACAUUCAGCCAGACACAAUUAUGUUUUACAGAGAGACUUUUUCGCAUUUCCCACAUUCCGAGCGAUCCGCUUUCGCAGAAAUGAAGCAGAGAUUACGAGACGCGGACGAUGUACUGACAGAGACUUUACGAAGACGAAAUGACUUAGAAAAAGAGCGAAUGCUGCAUUUGGAUCAAAUCGCAGAGCUCAAAGUCGCACUCGCCAGAGCGCACUCUACAGAUAACGAGAAAAAUGAGCUUGGCAUGAAUCCGCUGUACUCUUCAUCGCCAGCGCAGAACUUGGUGAAUCAGCGUAUUCUUUCCCCUGACGAGGGAAUCGAGGCCCGUUCAGAAAUCUCAGAGUCGUGCACUUCAACCAGGCCAUCUUCUGCUUCUAGCCCUCCUAUGCGAAAUAUUCUACAUCAUCCCCAUCAGAGAUCAUUUCAUUCGGACGUAAACGCGAUGCAUCUGUCGCCAGGCGGUGAUAACAAAACAGCAUCCACUCCAAAUUUGUUGAACACAUCGAAUCCUGUUUUGACAGAAUUCGAAAGAGACAAGAAUCGCAAAUCUUUUCGAAAAUUCUUCAGCGCAAUUCGAAUUGGCACACAAGAGAGCCUCCUUAGUCUUCGGACCCCAAGUUUAUCUCGAAAAGCUAACUCAACAAGUUCUAAUUAUGGUAGGCCGGUUGGGAUCGACAUGGGCGGAAUUCCGAUGUGGGACAGAACGCAAGCCAUUCGCUGGCUACAGGGCCUGGACCUGGGGCAGUACGCGGACAAAGUGAAGGACGGAUCGUCUAUUGUCAGCGAUCCAGAGAAGUCCCUAGGAAUGACGAAUCCCUUUCACAAGAAAAAACUACGACUAGCGAUUCGCGCACUCGAUGAUGAAUUGAAAUCGAAUAAUCUUGGCACCGGAUGGGUCUGUAACUGGCUUGAAGAAAUCGGACUUCCAGAGUAUAAAAAAUCCUUCCACGAGCAUGGAGUCGACGGUCGCGUCUUGAACUUACUCACGAUGGAAGAACUUCUUUCGCUCGGCGUGAGCAGCCAGAUUCACUAUUUAUCGAUAAAACGAGGAAUUCAAGUCCUCAGACAGAGCAAAUUCAAUCCUCAUACAAUGGUUUGCAGACCUGGUGCUUGUGAUCAAAUUGAACGAUGGUCGAUAUUCCGGAUAAUGGACUGGCUUCGAUCAAUAGAACUAUCGGAGUAUGCACCAAACUUGCGCGGAUCUGGUGUUCACGGCGGGUUGAUAGCGCUAGAGCCUGGCUUUGGCCAUGACCAUCUCGCGAAUCUGCUUGACAUAAAUCCGAAGAAGACCUUGUUGAGGAAGCAUCUUCAAACUAGCUUCAAUCAACUUCUAUCUGACCAGCAAUUUGAAUCGAAACGAGACUACAUCCUCAGGAAUGGCAUGCCGAUGCCCCUUACAGCUCGAUUAAAGCGAAAGAAGAAGGCUUUCUUUGGAUCUAAAAAGUCAGUCGGCUCAGCAGGAGAUGAUGAGCUCGUCUGCCCUUUGAAUCUUGGAAGACAUGAUGAUCCUUCUCGACGACCAAGCAUUAAUGUUGUCCCUCCAUAA